AUGCUGCAGCCGGUGCACCUGCGGAAAAACGCCUUCACCGUGUUAACAGCGAGCUGGAGGGCGCCCUUUGUCCAUCGGCUCCUGUCUCCCGGCACAAAACCAGAUGAUUGCCCGUGUCUGACAACAAACGAUCAACCGACCUCCGAAAGUCUGAGCGAGGCGUUACAGCAGGAGAGCUCGGAGCCCCUGCUCCGUUUCGCCUCCGCCAAUCUGGCCUGCCCAGGGGAAGGAACCUUCCAGGUGAAGAUCUGGUUUCAGAACAAGCGCUCCAAAUUCAAGAAGCUACUGAAACAGGGCAGCAAUCCCCACGAGAGCGACCCCCUGCCCGGCUCCGCCGCCCUCUCCCCUCGCUCUCCGGCUCUGCCUCCGGUCUGGGACGUUUCAGCUUCUGCCAAGGGAGUCAAUAUGCCUCCCAACAGCUACAUGCCUGGCUAUUCUCACUGGUAUUCUUCUCCACAUCAAGACACAAUGCAGAGACCACAAAUGAUGUGA